AUGUCAAAAUGUAUCCAAGUGGAGGGCAGUUCAUUGACUCUGAUCUGUAGCAGUGAUGCUAACCCAGCAGCUAAUUAUACCUGGUACAAGGAGAAUGAAGACUCACCAAAAGCAUCAGGACAGAUCUUCACCAUCACUGCUGUCAGACCUGAACACAGUGGGAAUUAUUACUGUGAAGCCCAGAACAGAAUAGGACGUCAUAACUCCACCUUAUAUCUGACUGUUGUGGCAGGAGCAGGAAAAUCAAUAGCUGCUGGAGUAACAACUGCUGUUCUCCUGCCUAUCAUCAUCCUCUCUGUCUUCCUGUGGAUGAGGAAAAAGAGAGCCUCCAAUCAAUGGUCUGAGGCUGAGGAGAGACCAGACAACAGAGAGAGGACACAGCCGGAGGAGCAAGAUAACCUUCAUUAUGCCAGCGUGCACUUCUCCAACAACCAGGCAGAUCCUCUCUACUCCAACAUCAGAUCAGCUCAGCCCCACAGACACAUGGAGGAACAAGAGGUUGUCCAGUACGCUGCUGUCACAUUUAACAGAGCCGGUACUGCCCCGAGAACCAGAGGUCAGGAAACUGAGGAAGAUACAGCUGUACUGUACAGCACAGUCAACAAAACCUCAUGAACACAUCAGUAAUCUCAUGUUUUGUUUUUAUUUCUCAUUUUUGAAAACAAGAAGAAGAACUCCUGCACACUGUCUCGCUUACUGCUGGAAUAUUCAUUAAAUCACAACUGUCCAACCUUCAUCAGGCAUAAACGUCUUUAGUUCAGCAGUAAAUUAACAAGCUAAACUGUAAAUUUAAAUUGCUCUAAAAUAUAUAAUUGUCUCUAUGAUGCAUUCUUGGAGAGGUCCGCACAUAGAUCUAUACUUUAAAAUUCAAUGAUUACCUGCUUCAAAAAAAAUUUUUAAAAAGAAAAAAAAAAGAAAAAAAUCUCUCUGUACACCUGAAUAUGUGACAGGUGUGUUGGAGGAAGGUGCAACUCAGAUCUUUCUGAAACGUUGUGAUUUAAUAAAUAUUCCAGCAGUAAGUGAGACAGUGUUUAUGGUUAGUCUAGCGAACCCAAGUGCAGGACACUGAGGCAGGAGGCAGCGAGCAGUGUUGGUAGAUAAUUUAUUGCAAAGUGGUAGCUGGGAGGCUGGGGCUCAGGCAGGGCGUGAAGCUGAGCAGAGGGAAUGGAGAGGGGAGCCAGUCAGGGGGGAUUGGGCUGACGUGAAGCUGGGCAGGGGGAAAGCUGAGGGGAGCCAAGCAGAGGGAUGUGCCGAGCAGACGAGGCAGGAAGGCUGGAGACAAGGGUGGGAGUCAGGUGAAGGCAAAACUGUAGGCACAGAGAAAACAGGUAGUAGUGAUGCCGUUAACAACUGAACCGUAGUAUGUUUUGGAGGCUAGAAGUGCGACUGACUGUGGUAAACAGAGUCCACGAUCUGGCGGUGAGUUGGAGGUUGAACCAGAUAUUUAUGCAGGACUACUGAUGGAAAGCAGCUGGUUACCUGACUCCCGCACACCUGUCUCCACUUCUGUAAUCAGGCACAGACAAGUGGGAGAGAGAGAGACACACACACAACAGGCUAGGAGGAGGAGGAGGAGGAGGAGGCAGAAGUGGAGGGCAUGACACAGUGUGCAGGAGUUCUUCUCAUUGUUUUCAAGUUGCACCUUCCUGCAACACACCUGUAACAUAUUCAGGUGUGCAGAGAUUUAUUUUCAUUUUUAUUUAAGCAAGUCACUAUUGAAUUUUAAAACAUAGAUCUCAGGAUGGACUUCAUCAUAGAGAAUGCAUCAUAGAGACGAAUAUAUAUUUUAGAUCCAUUUAAAUGGACAGUUUAGCUUGUUAUUUUGCUGCUGAAGUAAAAUUCCAGUCAGAUCUAGCUCCAUUAAUUUCUUUAAGGAUCCUUCUCAACAGUAGUAAACUGUUGGGAUGUAUCAUCAGUGCUAGACAGCCUCACCAUAUUUAUUGUGUCUUUACUCUCACAUGUAUGCUAACCUUACAGACUCUAUAAAGAUGUAAGUAGUGAAGGUGAUCCUGGUGACUUCUACAAAACUUUGAUUGUAAAACCUGUUAACUUCAACUUGCAGCUUUGGACAAAUCUCAGGAGUAGUGUAUCAGUUAACUAACAAGUGGUGAGCUUGUAAUGAGUAAGAUAUGUAAAAUAAAACACACUGGAGAGAAAGAGAGAGAAGAUGCUGUAACUAAUCUACUUGUAAUUACCAAUUGCUGCCACUAGAUGUGAGUAAAGAGUUAUAUUUUAUUGAUAACAGCUCAUUUCCACUGUCCUUUCUAUAUUUACAGUAUAUCUUCCAGUUUCAUCAUAACAACCUGUUUUAUUGUCAGUAUUCUAACAUUCAUCUUGUGAAUUAUUUCUCCUGCCUUACUGUAACAUUACAAUUGUCUAUGUUGCUGCUUUCUUUAUACAUAUUAUUACAGCCCAUUUUUUGUUCUAUAUCAUAAUCUCAACACCAUGUAAUCACAUUUGUCCUUAUUCUUUGAUGUUUUGUCUUAAAUAAAAAUGUUGUAAUUGGAGAGAUGAGUCACUUAUUGUGACAGUGGUUGCAGUAAAUCAGUUGCAGCUUGUCCUUAAUACCUUUCCACAAGAACAUGUUGGUACUGUAAUCCUUUUUCUCUUAACUUGAUGGGAGAGUCUAUGUCAGGGUGUCCAACCUUCUUGCCAUAGAGAGCCAACAGUCUGCAGGUUUACUUUCCACCCAGUCAGUCUCACUGAGUUCCUCCCCUCUACUUGAAGGAGUGCUCAUCAAUAUGUGGAGUCUUUAGUUGGAAUAAAAACCUCCAGACUGUGGUUCUCCAUGGCAAAUGGUCUGACAGUCCUGAAAGUAGUUUAGGAAAUGUAGUUCAGUUUCCUUUUCAUUUUAGCAUCAGAUAAACUUUUACAUAUGUUUUUGAUCUGGACCUGGUCUAAUGUGGUCUGGAUGGGUAAAAAGUGGUGAUAUCGCCCUUUUUUCACAUAUCUGAAAGUAGGUUUAAACAGCAUGAAGCUUUUUACUACAAUGUCUAAGAUUCUUUCACAAGUGUAAAUUGUGCAAAAACAGAGAAUGAGACGCUAAGAGAAAAAAACAGGCCGACGGCAGAUUCAUAGUUACAGUUAUGAGAAGUAACUCACCUACAUGUCAUGUGAUUUUGUUGUGAUGCAGUUGAACCAGAGGCUGGACUCACCUGAUGGAAGCAGAAAGUAGUACAACAGUGAAAUAUGACAGUGGAGAGAGAGGCUGUAGAGGAUGAUGUGGACGUUUUCAUGUUCAGUUUUCAGUAGCAGCAGGUGUGUGUGACUCAUAACUGUGUUUAUGUAUAUUGAGUGUUCUGUCUGAGGUAAUGCAGGCUAUAUUACUGUACUUUACUCCUUUGUACUUUUUCUAUAUUACAGAUAUUUAGGAUUAGAGCUGUUAUGCAAAAUGUUACUUGAAUUGUAUAUAUAAUAAAUCACUUUUGAAGAAUCCUGAUUGGCUUCCUGGUUUGCACCUGUCCUGGCUCACAAAGCUCAUUAAGUCUGUUCAGAACAAAGACAUCAAACUGGAAGCAUCACAUUCACACCAUGUGCAGUAAACUGUAUAUUUUCACACAUCAAAUUCAAACAUGAAUGUCACAUUAUCCAGGUAUCGCUGUGGCUGAAUAAACAGCCAGUUCCUACAAAAACUGUAAUUAGAAACUUAAUUUCAGUUCCUUUUCACUGCAGCAGAGGGCGACAGUGUGCAGAAAGUUUCAGCUUUAGUGAGAAAUGUCGUCUUGCUUGCAUUUUACACAGAAGGAGGACUGUGGAUUUUGUCUGCUGUCACUGACAUUGAAAGCACAUUAUAAAGGGAUC